AUGUCGAUAUUUUCAAAGAUUAAAGGCUCCAAAAAAGCUGCUCAACAACACAAGGAAAAGACCAUCGCCGACGAAAAUCAAAAGAAAUCCGAGGAAGAAGUUACUAAAGUUCCAUACAAACAUAUUCCAACACAUGCUGCAAUCGAUGCACUCUCUGGAGCACCUUCAUCAUGGAAAAACGAAGAUCGAACAAAAAUCAGAGAACAUCAUAAACGAAGAGGUCAGAUGACCAUCAGUCGUACUCACAGUACUUUAUCCACUGUAUCAUCCAUGAGUAAUACAAUUGAAUCCAGCUCUGUCGCUCCAUCUCUACCACGCGCCAUUUCUCACGACAGUUACAAUCCCACAUGGAAUAACCGAGUGGGUGAUAUGUCAUAUUUAACAGAAAAACUUCAAUCGCGGACACAACAACCAACCAAAUCCAAACCUUUAAAUCAUGGAAUUGAUUCUGCUAUUGGUAGAAGUCCAUUAUCUAGUCGUGGACAAAGUGAAGUUACUAGUUCCAGGAACAGUACGAAAACAUCAUCAUCUUCUUCAUCCUCCUCUUGUGAUGAUCUAGAAAUAGCUUCUAGUGUACCACGAAGACUACAACCUAGACAUUCAUUUAGACCUGAACCAGUCGUAUUCGAAGAUCAUGAUAUUUUCACCAGAUUACACACCAGUACCACUCGAAAAUUGGGCGAAGCACCAAUCAUGUCAAAACCACAAAAUCAACUACCUAAACCAGCUCCAGUCAUUGUUGCACCACCCAAAUCCAAGAAAUCUCGAUGGUCUCUCAUAGGAAAACACGACGUUUCACCUACUACCGAUUAA